GCCGGAAGUGCUACGUUGAAGUUCUAUGCUUGGCAAUACAAAUAUCCGAGGAGCACCUGAACGCAGCACAGCGCCUUGUCCUGGCAAGAGGAGCUGACGGCUGAUCUCGGUGCUGAGUCAAGUGACAGCAAACAUCAUGGAGAGCCCCACAGAGGCAGCUGACUCCGCAGCGCACACCUUCUCCCAGGUGGUGUUCACGGACAUCCCUCACACAUAUCCACCUUCAACCUGCGUCACCUGCUGCUUCAACCUCACUGCCUCCUUCCAGCCGAACUCCAGGGACUGGGUGGGCGUUUUUAAGGUUGGGUGGAGCACAACAAAAGACUAUCAUACCUUCGUGUGGGUGGAGCCAUGUGUUGAUGUUGAAGGCCAGCAGUCCGUGACGAGGCAAGCUGUUUUUAAGGAUUACUACCUGCCCAAAGAUGAGAAUGAGUUUUACCAGUUCUGCUACGUGGACAGUAGCGGCCAAGUGCGAGGAGCGAGCACCCCGUUCUGUUUCAGAAACCCGGUGGACAUGAGCCUGGAGAUCAUUCCUGAAGACGACCUCCUGGUUAUAACAACACAGGAUCAGGUCGAUCAGAGCGUACGGGAGAAAGCUGAACUGCAGAGAGAGCUGGAUCAGAAAAUGGCUGAAAAUGAAACCUUAAGAACCGCUCUGAAGCAGGAGCAGCAAGAAGCCGCCAACUGGAAGGAGCAGAAGGAAACGGACGAGAGAGAAAAGAGCCGGCUGGUCGAAGAACUGGAUCAAAUGAUGAAUCAGAAUAAAGACUUGAAUAGCAGCUUACGGCAACAGCUGAAGGAAAACGAGGAGUUGAUGGUGAAGAUGGGCGAGCAGCUGACAGAGCAGAUGCAGCAGGAUCAACAGCUCGAGGAGAUGGAGCUGAAAAAACUCAGCGACAGCUUGAGUGGAGACGGAGGAGCGAGAGACAACGAGAAACACGCUCAGGAGAAAUACGACCGCGCUGUGGCAAAGAUCAACCAGCUGAAAGCAGAGCGCGAGGAGCUGAGGGGGAAAGUUGACACCCAAAGUUUAGAGGUUACAACGCUCAACUCCAAAGUCAGAGAACAAGAACGAGAGCUGUUGAAAAUAAAAGACAGCGUCCAGCUCCUACAGGUGGACCUUCAGAGCAGUGAGAAAGAGAAGGAGCGUCUCUCUGUGGAGCUGCAGAGGCUGCAAACCGUCGCAUGUAACACGGACGACCUGAAGAGAGAAAACCAGGAGUUAACCAGGAGACUGUCACAGAUGGAGAAGCUGCAGAGCUAUCCCGAUGACGACCUGAGGGGGGAGAUUCAGGCGCUUGCCGGAAAGCUUCAUGACACUCAGGGGAAGUUGGCGGCUGAGAGGGAAGAGGCAAGGAUCGCAAAGAGGAAGGCGCAGAUUCUGGAGGGAGAGCUGCAGGAAGUCCGGGAGCAGCUGAGGAAGGUGUCCAGUAUUUAUGAAGAGGCUCAACGGAUGACCAGCAAACAGGAGCUGAAGCUCAACGAGGCACACCAACUGAUCUUAGAGAAAGACUGCACCAUUGAAGAGAAGGACGACAUUAUCAAGCUGGAGACACAAGAGAAAGAAGAGCUGGCCGGAGAAAACCAGAGUCUCAUGAGAGACAUCGAGGGUCUGCGCAGACUUAACACUGAGCUCCAAGCUUCUCCCCACGUCAAGCCACCUCAAGCCCAGCCUGAAACCAGCUUCCCACCCGGCACUGCUGCAGCCCCACCUGAAUGGGAGGAGCUGGAGACAACUGAACAGGAGGAGCAUCAGUACGAGACCAUAGCGAGCAUUGCAAACCCAGAGGAGGAGCCGUCGCUGGUGUGUCGUCACUGCCAGGAGAGCUUCCCUGGAAUAACCCCCGAGGAACUGGAGCAACACGAGCAGAGUCACAGAGUUUGCCCGUUCUGCACGAUGAUCUGCGACACCAUGGAGCAGGCGGUGUUCGAGGAUCACGUCUACGGACACGAGCUGUGAGAAAAAAACCACACCGGGUCGCAAAAAAAAGGUUACAUAGUGUACACGUCUGAAGGAAAAUAAUGUCUUACAAGCUGUACUCAUAUCUCUGUUUUACACACGACUCAUUAUGAACAUUUUCCAAAGCAUACUGAAGUGAAGUGUGAAGUUUUUUUUUUUUUUUACCUUAAACAAUCAUUAAGAGUCCAUUCUGUGUCCCGUGUGCACGAAGAAUCAGCUGGCAGAAACCUGAAACCGCCCCGAGUUAUGUAAUCCAUCACAGCGAACAGGAUGUCCUCGUUUAUUUUGGUCGUUGAACUCAAUUGUAUCGCAAAGUGGAUUUGUAUCAGACGGGUCUCGAGCAGACCGCCACAUUACCAGGGUGGCUUUAUGUGGACCUUUUUUUAAUGUUUUCCUUCCUUCAUAAGCAAAAUAGAAAAAGAUAGGUGUGUAGGAGAGCAGUGUGUCCAUCAAAAAACUUAAAAGGUAAACUCCCGCACACUGCCCUAGGGUUGCUCUAACCCUUUUUUGGUAAUUAUUGAAACCGUGGUAUUGAAACAGGUAUCGAUAUUGUUAGAUUUUUCAAACCUGGUGACAUGACAACCCCACUUCACCUCACACCCUUGAUGCACAAAAACAGAAACACAAGCAGGCAGAUACACAGAGCUCUGAACACAUGAUCCCCCCCCUCCAGGCUCAUGCCUCGCUGAGAUAAUAAACAAGAUAAUGAAUCUGAGCAGACGCUAAUUGUCAGCUGUCGGGGAGGAUAAAUUCUGGACGCAUUUCAGUCGGUACUUAAAAAAAGGUUCUGAUGCGAUCCAGCGUAACACACCUCCUGUUAUUGACAUAAUAAUACCGAAAGAAGGCAGGAAGUAAACGUCAAGGUUUGGAAGGUAUGAUUUGUGAAACGCUUGGUAUUCUUUGGGAGAUAAACAGCUCUUAUCGGUAUGUAAAAAUUAUUUUAAAAUACUGGAUAAGAUUUGAUUUAACCGAGUAAUGACCUUUUAUGUAAACAUUAAUUAUUUGGAGUAACCAUUGGUACGUUUAAAGCCGAGUUUAUUUACCUGACUGCUUCGUUUACUGCCUGAUUUCGCAAAGAUUAUGAAUAAGGUUAGUUCGUCCUCCCCGUGUAUGUAGGCUGCAGUCCUCCAAGCGGGUCCAAAUCCGACCUGUGGCUGUCUUUUUCCUCAGCCUUGAAACUCUCAGUGUGUAAACGAGGCUGCUGUGAGUCUUUCAAUCAAAACAACAAGAGACAAGACUUUCAUUUUGUCUGAAAGUAGCGAUGGUUUCUGGGAGUUGAUGUCUGUAUUGUAGAUGUGAAUCAAGUAUGGGAAUAACUGGGAUGCCAGUAGUGUAAUGAUUAGAGCGCGAGCCCCAUGUACAGAGGGUAUAGUCCUCCAAGGGGGCGACCCGGGUUCAAAUCCGACCUGUUGCUAAUUUCCUGCAUGUCAUUCCCCAAUCUCUUUGUCUCUGUCGAUUUCUGACUCUAUCCACUGUCCUAUCUCUCAAAUAAAAGGCAUAAAAAGCCCAAAAAUAAACCUUAACAAAAAUAAAAUAAUAAGAUUAUGAAGUAACCAAAUCAUGCCGAGUUAAUUCACCUAAAGUUUCUGUUGAUUUUAAAGUGUAUAUAACCGCAACAUGAUUCAUUGAUUAUGUUACAAAUGAAAAUUGUCAACUAACAAUUCACUUGAAUAUAUGUUAUUUUGCAUUUAUUAGUAAUAAAGUGAUAAAAGGCUGACUUGACGAAA